AUGGCUCAGACCACUGAGGGUGCGUCUGAGAUUGUGGAGGGUUUAAGGUUCAGUUUCAUGACUGAUGAAGAGAUCAGGAAGCACAGUGUUUUAAAGAUUACAAACCCUAUUUUACUUGAUAGUGUUGGAAGACCAAUUCCAGGAGGAUUGUAUGAUCCUUUGUUGGGCCCAAUGGAUGAACAAGCACCUUGUAAGUCAUGUGGGCAGCAGUCAUUUCAAUGCCCAGGGCAUUGUGGUCACAUUGAUCUUGUUUCACCAAUAUACAAUCCAUUGCUUUUUGGUAUGCUUUUCACUCUUAUAAGGAAAACAUGCUUCUUUUGUCGCCAUUUUAGAGCAGGAAAAGAAGAGGUCAAUGUUUGUACGUCUAAACUAAUGAAGAUAGCAAAAGGUGAUGUUUCUGGGGCUAAAGAUUAUGUUAUCAAUAAUUCAGAUGCCCUCAUUAUAAUCAUUUAUGAUUAUAACAACAUAUGUUUUUCUACUAAUCAUUCCUUUUAA